AUGGGCGCCGCGCGACACCUCAUCGCGCUGGCCCUGCUGCUCCGGCAGACGCGCGCCACGACGCUCGCCGGCGUCGUCUUCGAGCACGGCGUCGUGCUCGGCGCGGACUCGCGGGCGACGACGGGGUCCAUCAUCGCCGACUCGUCCUGCGACAAGCUCCACCCGCUCUGCGGCAACUGCUGGGCCGGCGGCUGCGGCACGGCGGCGGACGCCGACGAGCUGACGCGCCACGUGGCGCUCGACAUCCGCCUGCGGGGCCUGCGCGCGGCGACGACGGCGAUCGCGGCGCCCGCGGCCGUCGACGUCGCGACGGUCGACGAGGCGCGGGGCCUGCUGCGGCGGCGGCUCAAGUCGUCGCGGCUCCAGUGCGGCUUCGUGCUCGGCGGCGUCGACGCGACCGGCCCCAAGCUCUACCGCGUGGAGCCCGACGGCGCGACGGCGUCGUCGAAGUACGCGGCCAUGGGCAGCGGCCAGUUCGGCGCGAUCGCGCGCAUCGAGGCCGCGCGCCACGCGCCGACGGCGUCCCGCGACGACGCCAUCGGCGUCGUGCGCUGCGCCAUCGAGGCGGGCAUCGCCUGCGACACGGGGUCCGGCGGCGAGGUCCACCUCGUCGUCAUCGAGCCCGGCGACGCCGGGGCCGUCGUCGCGACGCGGCUCCAGUUCGAAGCGCGGCCGCCGGCCCGGGGGAGGUGA